UGUUCAUGGACGAGCUCCGGCGGCGAACUGCACAACAGCGAGCCGGACGGCAUCGAGCCACGGCGGGGAUACGGCGACAGCGAUCUCGGCGGCGGUCGGCGACGUGGCAGGCUGCUCACCGCAAGGAGCGACAAUCUCCUUCAUGGAGACCAUGAGAUGCCCACGAUGAUGUGCAGAACUCCUUCAUGCAUGCGUGCUGAAAGGAAACAUGCAAGAACAAGGAUAAAACAAAUAAGAUAGAUCGAUCUCAACCUGAGUUACCGACGAGAAGGAUGGGAGCCAUGGAGUCGACGCCGAAGUGUUCGACGGCGACGACGUCAGUUGCGUGGCAUCGUGAAGCCGAGGCCGGAACCCCACCGCAGGCUGCGGACUCGCUCGCCGGCGUCGUGUGCGUGAUGGAGAUGGAGAUGGCCGCACGACAGUCGUCGCCGUUGAUCACAAACUCCGGCCGGCGGACUGGCGCAGUGCAGAGCGUGGUGACGAUGGUGGCCGUGCGCAGUCGGGCGGCGUGGUGUAGAUGGAUGUGGGUGUCCCCCUCGUGAGAGACUGAGGGGUCUCUUUUAUAGGCUGGAGGCAGGGGCCAGGAGAGGAGUGUCGAGCCGUGCGCUGCCUCUAAUCCAUUGCCGAGCAAGCCGGCGCCCGAGCGAAGCGCUCGUAUCAGUUCCACGCCGCGCGACUGCUAAUUCAAAAUUUGAAAGUUUGAUCUUAUCUUUCAGCUGGCGCACGUGUGCAUGCGAGAAGCUUCCAGAAGAUAAUUCGUGGAGACGAUCCACUCGUAUGCACCGCACGAGGCUCGCAUGGGCGGAUGCAUGGGCCAUGCAUGGGUCAGGUAAGAGCCCACAUGCAUCAGAUUAAUUAGUGCUAAUUCUUUACUGAUCAGCCCAAUAAUGCUUGAAGCUUAGCAACUCCAGCCCAUUAACCGCGGCCACGCUGAUCACAAGUUGCGUACAUGCAUUAGCCCAAUCUGUUUGUGCAACCUCUAAAAAGAACAAGGCAAGAUGACAGGUACGUGCAGCUAGCAUGUGUGGACUUCCUUGCAUGUUAGCUUGCUUCUCUUAUCUCAUACGUAUGCAUAUCUUAGCUUGUUUACUUUGAGAAACAUGUUCAAAAUACCAUCAAACAGCAACAAGUAAACAAGUUGAACAAACAAGUCCCAGCCAUGUCAAACUUUUUCCAAUGGAUCUUCUAGUUCUCCAGUGUCUUACGUGUUUGGCUGUACGCCGCUGACCAAUUCAACACGCAACGCCUCCUUUGAUUUUUCUUUUUGUCCCCUCUGAGGCCACGGCCAUGGUACAUCCCCAAAAUGCAACCCAACAAGGAGGCCAAUGCAAGGAAUCCACAACACAAGAUGACAGCGCUGAGUUCUUCCUGAACUCUCCACCUCCUGCCUCUCUUCCUGCUCUUACCAAUCGGCAACGCCAUCACAUUCAACAUCAGCAACAGAUGCUCCGACACCAUAUGGCCAGCCGCCGUGCCGGGCGGUGGCGUGAGGCUCGACCCUGGAGAGUCUUGGACCCUCAACGUGCCGGCAGGCACUGGCCCCGGGCGUGUGUGGCCGCGCACGGGCUGCUCAUUUGACAGCACCGGUAAGGGGUCAUGCCAGACAGGAGACUGCGGCGGCAUGCUGGCCUGCACAAGCUUCGGUCAGCCACCCGCCACGCUUGCCGAGUUCACCAUCGGAGGAGGAACGGAUUUCUUUGACAUCUCCCUUGUCGAUGGCUUCAACGUGCCCAUGGACUUCAUGCCGACAUCGGCAAACAGACAGAGAGGGCAAGCAUGCAGCAGGGGGCCUUGCUGUGCAGCAAACAUCACAUCGCAGUGCCCAGAGGAGCUGACGGUGCCUGGGGGCUGCAACAGCGCGUGUAGAGUGCUCAAGCAAGACAAGUACUGCUGCACCGGGAAUGUCAGCAGCACCUGCGAGCCCACCACCUACUCAGUGUUCUUUGUGCGGGGGUGCCCCGACGCCUACAGUUACUCCAGGGAUGAUAGCUCGAGCACUAUCUUCACUUGCCCAUCGGGCACCAACUAUCAGGUCGUUUUCUGUCCCCCAGUUGACAUUUCAGCUUCGCCUCCAGCUAAAAAUCCUCCUGCACCUGAUGUUACUGGAUCAACACGCACAAACCACUCGUCCUUUACAAAAAGCAGAGUUUUUAGUGUGGUUCUAGGUUCCAUAGGUGGUUUGGUAGUACUUUUUGGAUUUGUCAUAUUCUUUGCAUAUAAACUAAGAAGGCAGCGGCACCAGGAGAUGCAUGAAGGGGAUGAAGAGUUUGGAGAGCUACCAGGAAUGCCAACGAGGUUCACAUUUCAGCAGCUACAAGAAGCAACUGACCAAUUCAGACACAAGCUUGGGGAGGGAGGAUUUGGGUCUGUUUUUGAGGGGCAAUAUGGUGAAGAAAGAAUUGCGGUUAAACGUUUGGAUCGAGCUGGUCAGGGUAAGAGAGAAUUUUUAGCAGAGGUUCAGACAAUCGGCAGCAUCCAUCACAUUCACCUAGUGAGGCUGAUUGGUUUCUGUGCAGAGAAAUCACAUAGGCUUUUGGUAUAUGAGUAUAUGCCCAAAGGGUCCUUGGAUAGGUGGAUCUAUUACUCACAUGACAAUGAUGCUCCCUUUCUGGACUGGCAAACUAGAUGCAAGGUUAUUUCUCACAUUGCUAAGGGUCUAUGUUAUCUACAUGAGGAGUGCAUGAAGAGGAUUGCUCACUUGGACGUCAAACCACAAAACAUCCUCUUAGAUGAAAACUUCAAUGCUAAAAUUUCUGAUUUCGGAUUAAGUAAGCUCAUUGAUCGGGAUAAGAGCCAAGUGAUUACAAGAAUGAGAGGCACACCUGGAUAUUUAGCUCCUGAGUGGUUGACAUCCCAAAUCACAGAAAAAGCCGAUGUAUAUAGCUUUGGCGUUGUGGUCAUGGAAAUCAUCAGCGGUAGAAAGAAUCUUGACACUUCACGGUCUGAAGAAAGCAUCCAUCUUAUUACCUUACUGGAAGAAAAGGUGAAGAGUUAUGAGUUAGCAGAUUUGAUUGACAAGUACAGUAAUGACAUGCAAGUACACAAGCAAGAAGUAUUGGAGAUGAUGAGGCUUGCAAUGUGGUGUUUACAAAUUGAUUCUAAAAGAAGGCCUCAAAUGUCUGAGGUGAUCAAAGUCUUGGAAGGUCACAUGAAGGCAGAAAGCAAAAUUGAUCAUAACUUCGUCGCAACAAGUCAAACAAUGUUUGGUAUUGCUGAAAAUACAGGUUCCUCAGAUCCACCUCAAGCCUCACAUUUAUCAGCCCCCAGGUGAAAUGGGGUAACUGUGAGAAGUUGUAGCCUUGGUUAGACACGGAUAUGUGUAUCUAGGAAAAGCCAAUAUCAGUUUUAUCUUUUUUUUUCCAAGUUAAUAUAAUUCUUUUGUUUGGUUUCCCAUUGUAACACAAAUCUGUUCUAGCAGCUUUUUUUUUGUAAUAAAAAUGCUAAUAUGAACAGGCUUAAAGCAAAUUGGGAGUUGGGUUUUUAUCACCAAAAUGCUGAAAUGGAAAGAGAGAAAAAAAACAGUACUAGUACGUAAGUGGGUAAUAUUGCAUAUUCUCCAAAGUGUUUCCAGCCAUGGAUUUUCUACUGAAAUUAAGUUUCCUGUCCUAGCUGUGUACUACUUUACCAUGUAUCGCGAGUAUUAUGGCCUUGCUGUUGUGGGGAUUUAUCUCCACUACAAACCUUGAUUAUCAGUAUUGAGUGACUCCUAUGCAGCUGCACAACGAUUAACUACCACCUCAUUGCACAAGCCAUCCAGAGUGAGCAACCGGAAGGCAGGAGACACUCACCUAAAUUAAUGCAGAGAAGAGAUGAGACGACCGAUGAGGUGCCCGGCAGGGCGGCCUCCUUCCCCUAUGGUGGUGGCCGUUGAGAACCAACUUUGUACUGGGAGCACCUGAGAGGAUGAGAACAGAUAUCUUCCAGCGGAACAGCACAACGACAGAACAUGCAAGAAGAGCCGAUUGUCCAGAUCAACACGAUCGCCGCCUCAGUCGGAGCACCGGCACUGCCAGGACGCAUGUGCGAUGGGACUUGGGAGGAGGAAAGUGUUCCGUGUAUCACGGAAAUGAUCACAAGAAUGAGAGGCACACCUGGAUAUUUAGCUCCUGAGUGGCUGAGUGGCUGACAUCACAAAUCACAGAAAAGGCAGAUGUCUAUAGCUUCGGUGUCGUGGUCAUGGAAACCAUCAGUGGUAGAAAGAACCUUGAUACUUCAAGGUCUGAAGCGAGCAUCCAUCUCAUUACCCUAUUGGAAGAAAAGAUGAAAAAUGGUCAGUUUGCAGAUUUGAUCGACAGGCACAGUAAUGACAUGAAAGUACACAAGCAAGAACUGAUUUAGAUGAUGCAGUUGGCAAUGUGGUGUUUGCAAAUUGAUUGCAAAUUAAGGCCUCAAAUGUCUGAGGUGGUCAAAGUCCUGGAAGGCAACAUGGAUGCAGAAACCAACAUUGAUCUUAACUUUAUCGCAACAACUCCAGCAAUGUUUGGUUUUGCAGAAAAUAUAGGUUCCUCGGGUCAACCUCUAGCCUCAGAUUUAUCAGGCCCUAGAUGAACUUAGGUAAUUGCAGGUAGUUAGUACCCUAGACUAUAUGCAGGAGAUAUGCAACGCUAGGGAAAGUCUUUAUUUGUUGUCUUUUGUUUUUCAAGUUACUGCAAUCAGAAGGCCCUAUAUUUUACAUUAAUUUUGCUUGCAGAAUAUCACAGCACUGAAAAGGUACUUUGGUCUACAACAUAUCAAAAACCCUUUAUUAUUAUUUUGCUUGGCAUCCCAUCAUAACACAAAUCUCUUUCCAGUUC